UCCGCCUUAGAUUUUCAGAGCUCAGUUCAAAACCCCAAACUCCAACUUACCCUAGUCUUAUUGCUCCUCUCUUCCCGUCUCUCUCGACUGCGAUGACUUCUUCAACUCUACUCCACUAUCUCCUCUGCUUCUUUCUUGCCUUCCUCGUUCUGGGCCCUGACUGCCCUUUCGCCAGGGCCCAGCUCGACGAGGCGAGCGUGAAGUUGGUUACCGACAAUUUGGACCUUGCUACCGCAAUGACAAUGUAUCAACAAUUCAAUGAGGAGGAUGGCGAGGACGAUGAGGACGAGAUGGAUGUAGAGAAUGGUUACGGUCGUAGAUCUCUGUUCUGGAGGAGGAUGAGGUACUACAUUUCUUACGGUGCUCUCUCGGCGAAUAGGAUCCCUUGCCCGCCUCGGUCCGGGAGGUCUUACUACACCAACAACUGCUUCAAAGCUAGAGGCCCAGUUCAUCCUUACAGCAGAGGCUGCUCUAGGAUCACUCGCUGCAGAAGGUGAAGUGUUCUUGGAAAAUGCAGGUUCCUUCGGUUAUUUUUCUCUUGUGUUCUUCAGCUGGGUUUGUGUUGGGUUGAGUACUGUUAGUAGUUUAAGUUUCUGGGUGUUAGGGUUGGAGGUUGUUGCUACUUCUGGGCAUCUACUUGUUGCUUCAGGACUACUAAGAUUGUGAUGAUGUGUUUUGCAGAUCUAGCUACUUAUGUUAUGUAAUAUGCUACAUUGUAUUGGAUAAUUAUGAUUAUAUAGAGCUUGUAAUUGGUAUUAGC